GGGAAGCUCCUGUGACUUCACACUCAUAUUUCAUAAAUUAUUUAUUAACUGCAAUUGCAUUUUAUCACACAUCUUUAGCAAUCUUUCAUACUUCUGUUUCAGAAGCUUGUAAAUUUAGUCAG